AUGCGAUGGGAGCGAAGAGGAGCGCAGGGAGAAGAGCAGGCGGAGAGGAGAGCUGGGGAGUUGAGGGUUGGAGAGCAGAGGGUUGGAGAGCAGAGGGUUGGAGAGCAGAGGGUUGGAGAGCAGAGGGUUGGAGAGCAGAGGGUUGGAGAGCAGAGGGUUGGAGAGCAGAGGGUUGGAGAGCAGAGGGUUGGAGAGCAGAGGGUUGGAGAGCAGAGGGUUGGAGAGCAGAGGGUUGGAGAGCAGAGGGUUGGAGAGCAGAGGGUUGGAGAGCAGAGGGUUGGAGAGCAGAGGGUUGGAGAGCAGAGGGUUGGAGAUCCGUACGAGUGGGAGGGGGGACGGGGUGAAGGGAGGAGGGGUGGAGCAAGAGGGGGUGACGUUGGGGAGGGAGGAUGGGAUGGGGAGGACCUUGCAACAGUUUCUCUUUCCCCUCUCCUCUCCCCCGUUCCCGGUUCCCCCUCCUCCCUCGCUAAUGUUGUUAGUGGAGCUAUUGUUCCUCCCCUCCUCCCUUCCUUCAUCCUCCUUCCCAUUUCCACCUUUCCUCCUCUUCGCUUCGCCCUUCCUUUCAACGUCUCUUUUCCCCCUCCUCCCGUCCUCCCGUCCUCCCGACCUCCCCUCCUCUUCUCCUCCCCUCCUCUUCUCCUCCUGUCCUCUUCUCCUCCUGUCCUCCCCUCCUCUUCUCCCGUUCUCUUCUCCUCCCCUCCUCUCCUCCUCCCCUCCUCCUCUCCUCCCCUCCUCUCCUCCCCUCCUCCCCGAACGCCCCCAGUCCCCUACGGUGGACGGCACGUGCUGGAGGUGCUUGGUCUCUCUGAUGACGUGGCCACUGCUGACGUGGAGGCAGUCAUCCACAACCUAGUCAUGGAAGCCACGUGCAUGGAUGCUGCUGGUAGAGCUGAAAGUGACCUCAGCUGCAGCAGCAGCAACAGCGCUACAAACACAGCAAGCAUUCCGUUUGUGGUGCGGUGGAUAAAUGAGUCACAUGCUCUUGCAGUCUUCCUCACACCCGCUCUUGCGUCCUCUGUGCUAUCAGCAGCGACAGCAGCUCUGGCAGGCGCUGCCUCACCGCCCUUCCACUUCCGCCCUUUAGACACUGCCUCAGAGCACUACCCUUUCAUCCGCCGACGAGGUGAGUGA